AUGUUUCAUCAUUUAAUUUCAUUAAUUAAUUUAGAAUUCAUCGAUUUUAAUCUUCGUCUAUGUAAUCUUCCACGUGAAUCUUGGUCUCAUGUAUUUCUCACAAUAUCAAAAACAACAAAUACAGUUCGCGUUUGUCUUAAUGGUCAAACAUCACUAGCUAAAAAUUAUUCAAUACAUCAAUUAUAUUCUGUGAAGUCAUUAAAACCAUGGUCUAUCUCUCUUGGACAACAAUCUUUAGAUACAUGUACAACAUUUUAUUAUGAUCUUGGAAGUAUUCUACUAUUUGAUAAAAUUGAUUUACCUCAUACAGUAACUAAUGAUUGUAUUCCAACAUAUUUAUUUAGUUUGGGUUCAGAUCAUUGGCAUUUUUUAACAGGUAGUCAACAACAACAAUCACUUGUUAAUUAUUGGAUAUAUCAAAGAUUUUCUCGUGUUCAUCCAUCAAUGCCAAUUGAUCAAUUUGAAAUUGAACAAAAUUCAUGGCAUACAACAUUGAAACGUUCACUUUUAGCUUCAUAUUCAUCAAAUAAUCCUUGGACAUUAUUUGUAUUUAAUACAAAUAGUGAUACAAAUGAAGAUAUCGUACCAAGUCGUUUUAAUAAAAUUUUACCCUUUCGAUCAUCAGCAUCAUUAUCAUCAUCAUCAUCAUCUUCAUCGGCAAUAUCAUCAAUAACAACAAAUGAUGAUAAUUUAUUAACAACAACAACAACAACAAUUUCUUUACCAUCAAAAAUUUCUCUUGAACAAUCGAGUAAUAUUCUUAAUGUAUGUGAACAGUUAGGUGGAAUAUUAAAUUUUAUUUAUUUAUUUGGAAAAAUUGUUGAAAUAAAUACAUAUUCAUCACCAUCAGGUAUUUGCCAUAUAACUGAUAUUAUAUUUACAUCAAUAUGGAAAAUAAAAUCUUAUUAUGAUUUAUUUAAUUCUCUUGAUGGUUAUCGUUUAAUUGUUAAAAUAUUAACAACAAAUGAAUGUACACAUCAUAUAUCAACUAAAUUUUAUGAAGUAUUAAUUGAUAAAUGUAUUGUAUUGAAUCAACAACGUCUAUAUGAAAUAAAUUUAUUUUGUUUUAUUUUACUUGAUUGGAAAAUUUGGUAUAAUCAUCCAAAAAUAUUUUCUCUUAUAUUGAAAUCUUUUCAUGAUUUAUUAUCUGAUCAAAUUAAUUCAAAAUAUUUUUAUGUUAAUAGACAAUUAUUUAAAACAUAUUUUACACUUGAACAUUUAUUAAUAUUAUGUCAAGAAAUAAUUGAAGAACAACAACAAAUAAUUAUUGAUAAAAAAUUAACCAAACUAUUAGUAGAUAUUAUUGAAGCUUUAGUUGAAAAUGAUAUUAAUAUUAUUGCAUUAUUAAUGAAUUUUGUUUUACUUAUACAUCCAUUAAUUAAAACUUAUGUUACAUAUAAUAAAGAACAUUUUUAUUUUAUUACAAAAUCAUUUCAUUAUUAUCAAACAAGAAAAAAAUAUCAAAAUGAAAAUUUAAUUAAACAUAUUUAUAAAAAAAAUACUUCAAAAAUUUUCAAUCGACAACGUUCAACAACUAUUCAUAAUGAAGAACAAUCGGGAAUAAAUCUUAUGUAUAAUAAAGAUAAUUCCAAUGUUCGAAAAUCAUAUUCGUCUUCUGAUUUAUUAUCUCCAACAAUGCCUCAUGGAAAUGAUAGUGACCCAUAUAAUAAUCGUCGUUCCCAUCGUACAACUGUUUCAGGCGUACCGAUAACAUCGCAAUCUACAUCAACGACUUUUAAUAUGGAAUCAAAUAUAUUAGGAAAUAAAAGUUGUUUACAUAAUAUUGAUUAUCUUUCGACUGGUAUUUUACGAUUAUUAACAAGUAUAGCCAUAACAACAUCUGAUCGUUUAAUGAUGAAACUAAUUGAUCAUGUAUUUCGUUUAAAUAUUAUAAUUGUUCUUUUACUUGAUGCAUCUAUGGCUAAACGUGUUCAAUGUAUAAAAUUACUUGAUGUUAUUUUAAAACGAAUGGAUAAAGAUAAAGUCCAAAACGAUGUUUUAAGAGCUGAUUUACAUACAAUGUUAGCUAAUCAAAUAUAUCAUCAAUUAGAUGGACGUAAUGAUGAAAAAGAACUUGUUGAAAUUUGUGUUUCUAUUGCAUUACAACGUCCUAUUCAAUUUGAUACUAAGUUAAGUCUAUCGGAACAAAUUCAUGAUACUGAACUAUAUUUUUCUAUUGUUUCUUCUUCACCACCAUGUCCACGAUCUCAAGUUGGUUUUGCUUUAGUACUGUCACUUAUCGAAAAAUUAAGUAUGACAAAUACUCAUUUAUGUGAAUUAAUUCUUAAAUUACUUGAUCAAAUUAUAUUACGAUCAAAUGAUGAUAAUCGACAUUUUCUUGUUGAUAUUGGUUUAACACAAGUACUUUUCAAUACACUUUCAUCAGCUGUAUCUAGUUCACAAGAUAAAAUUAUAACAUGUGUACAAAAAUGUUUUAACUCCUUAAUAAUAGCUAUGUUUACAACAAGUAUUAAUGAUGAUAUAUCAUUUAUAUCAAUUAUUAAUAAUAUUAUUGGAAUGAUAAUGAUGAAUGAUGAUAAAGAUUGUUCUAAAAUAUAUCGAUGUAUAUGCCAUCAAACACUAUCAAAUAUGUUUAAUUCAAUAAUUAAUUCAAUUGAAAAACCACCAUCAAAUGAUAUAACAACACAUCAAUCAAAAUUACAACGAAACAGUCUUGAUGGUAAUAAUUUUAAUGUAAAGGCCAUUGAACAUUCAAAUAGAUUUCGUAAAUUUUUACAAUUAUCACUUGAUUAUAUUUAUUUAUUUCAUAAUCAAUGUUCAUUAUUUGAAACAUUUGCAUUACAUUUAUUAGAAAUAUGUUUACUUGGUAUUGCAUAUGUUAUUGAAAAACGUUCAAAUCAUUUAAAUUCACGUCAUCAAAUAUCAUUAAUUAUGUUUCGUUGUGGUGAUAUUAUUAAACAAAUAGGACAAAAAUUAUUAACUAUUUCACUUGAUCCAGAUAAACAACGUUUUAUAUUUCGUAUACGAAUAUUAAAACUUAUUAUUGAACAACCAAAUUCAAAAGCCAUUAUGGAAUAUCUUUUAAUGAAUGAUACACAAUGUUAUUUAUAUCAUCAAAUACUUAUUUAUUUAAAUAUACUUUCAAAUACAACACCAAAUGAUUUUGAAUUCGAACAAACUAAUAAUCAAUAUCAAAAUUUAUUUAAACAAUCAAGAAAACCAUUUGAUUCAGAACAUUCAACACUAAGAACAAUUAUGCAUAGAAGUCAAAUAUUAUCAAAUGGAGAAGAUUCAUCAUCACAUACGAUAAAUAUAUCAACAAAAUCAAAUUUAACUAAACAAAUAAAACGUCCUAUAAAAAUUAAAAUUACUAAUGAAAAAUUAUCAACAACAGAUGAAGAACAGAAUGUUGGUCAAUUUUCUAGUUCAAUAACAACAAAUGAUGAACGAGAAAUAAAAACAAGAAAAAAUUUUGGACGAUCAUCAUCAUCAUCAUCACUUUCAAUUUCAUCAAUUGGUAAUGAAUUAACAUCAUUACAACAAUUAUCGAUUGAUGAUUAUCAAAACAUUAUUAAUUCAUUUCGAGAGCUUAUGCGUACAAUUAAUAUUCAUUCAGUAACAGCAAAUGACAAUACUGCAGCACAACGACGAGCACUUACCAACUAUUUACUUAUAUCAUCAGAAUCAACACCUUCACCAACAUUUCGUCAUAGUUCUCAAACACUACCUCAACGUCGUUCAUUUGAUUGGUCAGUAUCUGCACCUUCAAAUGAUUCUCGAUUACCAAAUCGUAUCAAUAAAUCGGUUUCACCUAAACGUUUCCAUCGUCGAUCAUCAAAUAUAUCAUCUCCAUCACCGACAUUAGUUAGUUGGUCAUCAGUUGUUGAUGAAAAACGUCUUGAAUACACAAAAAAUCUUAAUCAAACAAUUUAUGCAAUACAACAACGUGCAAUAUCAGCACAAAAAAGUUCAUUAGAAACCUUUACAAAAGAAACUAUAUCAACAAUAACAGCAGGGGCUAUGGAAAUAACACAAGAUGUGAUAAAUCUUCAAGGUUUUGAACGUAAAAAAUAUCUUGAACAUCUUCGUUUAGCACAAAGUCUUGAUCUACGUACCAAACAUUUAUGGCAUCAAUUAAUAUCACAAUUAACACAUGAAUAUGGUGUUUGGUUUGAACCAUUAUCAUAUGCAAAAUUUUGGGAACUUGAUCCAACAGAAAAUCCUCAACGUGAACGUCGUCGUUUACAACGUUCAUAUUGUUUAAUGGAAAAACGCUUUUUUCAACCUCAAAUACCUGAUGAAAUAUUUGUUAAUCCUCCAUUAUCAUAUUUAUUUGAUACACGUCAUUAUCAAUCAGUUAAUAUGCAAACAGUUCUUUAUCGUAAUGAAAAAAUUGAAUAUCAAUGUCGUUGUACGAAUGUUACACCAAAUAAUGAAAUUAAAGGUGAAUUACUUGUUGGUAAAACACGAAUUUAUUUUGUUGCUGAUGAACAAUUAUCAGUAUUGACGAAAAAAAGUAUUAAUUCAGUUAUGUCAACUGUUGGUUAUAAUUAUCAUUCAUUUAAUGAUGAUUCAAAUUCAUUUUCAUUUGCUAUUGAUGAUAUAUGUGAAAUGCAUAAAAGACGUUAUAUGUUAAAAGAUGUUGCAUUGGAAUUAUUUUUUAUUCAUGGUAUUACAUUAAUGAUUGCACAUGUUUCAACUUAUGAUAGAGAAAAUCUUUAUCGUUUAUUAACAAAACGUAAUUUAAUACAUUUUAAAUAUGAAGAAACAGUUAAUGGAAUACAAACAUCAUGGCGACAAGGUCAAAUGACUAAUUUUGAUUAUUUAAUGCAAUUAAAUAAAUUAGCUGGACGAACAUUUUUAGAUUUGAUGCAAUAUCCUGUAUAUCCAUAUAUAGUUGCAAAUUAUGAAACUCAAGUACUUGAUUUACGUUUAUCAUCAAAUUAUCGUAAUCUAUCUAAACCAAUAGCAAUUCAACAUUCUGAAAAAGAAGAAAAAUUUAUUGAUAUAUAUCAUGCUUUAGAAGACUCUCAAAAUGUUGCUUUAGCACGUCAACAAGAUCAUGAAAAACAACAACCAUUAUCAGUAUUUGGUCAUCAAUCAGAUCCAUAUCAUUAUGCUUCAUUAUAUUCUAAUUCUGGCAUUGUUCUUCAUUAUCUUGUACGUCUUUUACCAUAUACACGAAUGUUUCUUGAUUAUCAAGAUAAUAAUUUUGAUUGUGCUGAUCGAACAUUUCAUGAUGUUAAAACAUCAUAUUGGUUAUCAUCAUUUGAAUCAACAUCAGAUUUUAAAGAAUUAAUACCAGAAUUUUAUUAUUUACAUGAAUUUCUAUUAAAUAAACAAGGCUUUAAUUUUGGUAACAGACAAAAUGGUAUAAAAGUAUCUGAUGUUACUGUACCAUCAUGGUCAAAACGUAAUGCUCGUUUAUUUGUAUAUGGUCUUCGACAAGCACUUGAAUCUGAUUAUGUAACUACACAUAUACAUCAAUGGAUCGAUCUUAUAUUUGGAUAUAAACAAACAGGAAAAGCAGCUCUUGAUGCAAUAAAUGUAUAUCAUGCUGCUUGUUAUUAUGGUUUUCCAAUUGAAAAUAUAAAUGAUCAAUUAACUCAAAAAGCUUAUUAUGGAAUUAUUCGUACAUAUGGUCAAGUACCAAAACAAUUAUUUUUUCAUCCACAUCCAUCAGUUAGCACAAGUAGUUCAACAUCAUCUUCAACAUCAAAUUCAAAUACAAAUGAUAAACGUAAUAGUGAACGUAGUGUAUUUGAAUCAAAACUACCAAAUGAAAGUAUUCAUCGUCUAAUAAUUGGUAUACGUUGGGGAGAUUUUGUUGGUUCUUAUGAUAUGCCAUCACCAGAUUAUAUUAAAUAUCAUGAGUGUCCAGUACAAGUAUCAUCAUUUGUUGUACUUAAUACAAGUUCAUGUAUUAUUUGUUUACCAUCAUCAUCAUUAAUUAUAUAUAAUGAACACAUAUUAAAUGAAUCAAUUGGUGAACAAAGUAAUUUAUCUCAAUCAAAUUCAUUAACAAUGACAUUAGAUACAAUGGUUGCAUUAAAAUGGAAUACACCUGAUGGUAUUGUACGUUGUAGAUCAUUAAAACAAAUAAAAACUUGGUAUAAUUUUCUUGUACCUAUUGAUGAUCAAGAUAAAAUAACAUGUUGUGCAUCUAUUGAUUAUCGAUUAUUAUUUAUGGGAAAAACUUCUGGUUUAAUUGAAAUUUAUCGUAUUCAACGAAAUAAAAGUACACCAACUGGUAUGGAAUUAAUUAAACGUUAUUUACCAUUUAUUGCACAUCGUUCACCAAUUACUUGUUUAUAUGCUAAUCGACAAUUUAGUUUAUUAAUUAGUGCAAGUGCUGAUGGAAUGUUAACUUUAUGGGAUACUAAUCGUUUAUCAUAUGUUCGAACAUAUAAACAAGAUAAUCAAACAAUUUAUCAUUUAACAUCAUCUGAUACAACUGGUGACAUAGCAUAUUUAUCAUCGAGUGGUAGUCAAUGGCAUCUAUCUUAUUUAACAUGUAAUUGUGAUUUAAUUGGUUGUUUAACAUUUUCUGAACAAUUAAAUUGUUUAUGUUUUACAUCAGCACCCGAAGGAACAUGUGUUAAUGUUCUUUUAGGUGGUUUUGAAAAUGGUAUUAUAUCAAUGUGGUCAACAUGGGAUUUAACAUUAUUACGUCAACUUGAUAUUAGUCAAUUACGUUCACAUGCAAUUGUUGCAAUAUGUGUACCAAAAUUUGAUCGACGUCGAUUAUAUGUUGUUGAUCGUGAUCGUCGUUUACAUACUAUUGAAAGUCGUCUAUCAUCAUCAACAUCAACUACACUACCACAAAUUCUAUUUCUUUCUUAA